CAGAUUUUGUCUGAGAUAGGAAGAGGAAAAACAGACCUGGCAAUAUUGUUGGAGCUGCUGAUGUUACUCUGUUUGCCUAAUGCCUUUAUCCUUUAUUUUUUUCUUAACAAAGAAACUUUUUCUUUGAAACUAGAGGCUCUUGGACUUAGCGAACCAGCAUAAUAGUUAUUUAUUUAUGAAAGGCUGUCAGUGUUGUUCCAAACAUGUAGUUCAUCUAUUCAACUUGAGUCUGUCACAAAGGAAUUGCUAAUGCUGACUUAUCUUCUUUUAUUUUUAGAUGAAUCUGCGUUCUGUAUUUACUGUAGAGCAACAAAGGAUAUUACAGCGUUAUUAUGAAAAUGGAAUGACAAAUCAAAGUAAAAAUUGCUUUCAGCUCAUAUUACAGUGUGCACAAGAAACUAAACUGGACUUCAGUGUAGUCAGGACGUGGGUUGGCAAUAAACGAAGGAAGAUGAGCAGCAAGACUGCUAUAGAAUCUGGAGGCACUCCCCCAGGGACUGUCCCUACUAUUCCCUCAGUACCUCCGGAAGCAGCAGUUAGAAAUGUGGUGAAUAUUGGUCGAUCCCAAAGUCAGCAGACUUCUUGGACCUCUUCUAAUAAUGAUGUAAUAGUUACUGGUAUAUAUAGUCCUGCUAGUUCAUCUGGUAGGCAAGGAUCCACCAAACAGACAAAUGCUUCAGUGGCAGAAAUACAUAAAACCUCUAUUCCACGGCUACCAGGAAAAGGCGAUACAGAGUUUCAGCAGCAGCACAUCCCUAUAGGGCGACAAGUACCACAUUGUAAAAAUGCUUCCCUAUUAGUUGGGGAAAAGACUAUUAUUUUAUCUAGGCAAACAAGUGUACUGAAUUCUGCAAACUCCAUCUAUAGUCACACUAAAAAAAGCUAUGGUGGUUCAUCAGUCCAGACUGCAGAGUUGGUGUUACCUCAGAAGCCGAUGAUAUGCCACAGGCCCUGUAAGGCUGAACCCAUGGGAUGUCAGCGGUUACAAAAGCCAGACCAUGCAGCUCUCACAUCGCAUGUGCCCCCUGGACACAGAGCUAAUGCCAGGGACCCUUCCUGUAGCACGCAAAACUUGGAAAUCCGUGAAGUGUUUUCUCUGGCAGUUACAGAUCAACCUCAAAGAAUGGUGGGAGGAAGCACAGCGCAGAAGCAUUGCUCAGUGGAAGGCACCUGUCUGUCCAUCGCGAUGGAAACUGGAGACGUGGAUGACGAAUAUGCUAGGGAAGAGGAGCUAGCAUCCAUGGGAGCACAAAUACAAAGCUAUUCAAGAUACUGUGAAAGCAGCAGUUCUGUUCGAGUAGAGAACCAAAGUGCAGCCUUGUCUGGGCCAGGAAGAAAUGUGAGCUGUAGUUCACAGAUGGUGAAUGCCAGGGACAUGCCUGACAAUAUUCUGUAUCAUAACAGAGACUACCAUCCUGCACGGACCUCAUUACAUACAACAUCCAGUACAUUAUAUAGCAGUGCUAAUCCAUCAAGAAGUACCUUUUCUCCUCAUUUUACAACUUCAAGUCAACUGAGGCUGUCACAAAACCAAAAUAAUUACCAGAUUUCAGGAAACCUUACUGUGCCUUGGAUUACAGGUUGUUCCAGGAAAAGAGCAUUACAGGACCGCACACAAUUUAGUGACCGAGACUUAGCUACCCUAAAGAAAUACUGGGACAAUGGCAUGACCAGCCUGGGCUCAGUCUGCAGAGAGAAAAUUGAAGCUGUGGCCGCAGAAUUAAAUGUUGACUGUGAAAUAGUGCGGACUUGGAUUGGGAAUCGAAGACGGAAAUAUCGUUUAAUGGGGAUUGAGGUCCCACCCCCUAGAGGAGGUCCUGCUGAUUUCUCUGAUCAAUCUGAAUUUGUUUCUAAAUCAGCACUUAAUCCAGGAGAGGAAACUGCUACUGAAGUGGGGGAUGAUAAUGAUAGGAAUGAUGAAGUAUCAAUCUGCUUAUCUGAAGGAAGCUCACAAGAAGAGACAAAUGAAGCUCUUCAGAAUGAAGAAAUCAGUCACAAAGAUGAUGACCAGAAUCCCGUAUCUACUGAUAAUGUGAAAAUAGAAAUUAUAGAUGAUGAAGAAAGUGAUAUGAUAAGUAAUUCUGAAGUGGAUCAAAUGAGUUCUCUUUUGGAUUACAAGAAUGAAGAAGUCAGAUUCAUUGAGAAUCAGUUGGAGAAUCACAAACAGAAGUAUUUUGAAUUACAGACGUUUACUCGGAGUUUGAUACUUGCUAUUAAAUCAGAUGAUAAAGAACAGCAGCAGGCACUGCUCUCAGACUUACCUCCUGAAUUAGAAGAAAUGGAUUUCAAUCACGCAUCCCCAGAGCCUGAUGAUACCUCAUUCAGCUUGUCGUCUUUAUCGGAGAAAAAUGCCUCAGACAGUUUGUGAUUUAUGUUGGUUUUUAACUGACAGAAAAGAAACCCCACAGAAUGUGCAGGUUUCAAGAGAACAGCAUUUUGCUAUCCAGUGUUCUUCAGUCCAAAAAAGAGAGCCCGAGGUGAAGUAGACUUUCCUGAAGGAUGACUGUAGUACAUCAUGGCUACAGUUUGCACUGUCAAGAGAUUUUGAAUGUUGGUUUUGGUAAAUGGAAACUGUGUGAGGAAAGGUUUCACUUUUAGCAGUUUGGCCUUGAUUAGGGUAACUUCUGACUUUCCAGAAUAACUCUUACUCUGUAGCAAAGUCUUUUUGAGCAGGGAUCUGAGAGUGGAAAACAACUGUCCUGUGGUACAGACAGCUAAUUCUUUCAGAGUUGCUCGCUCACCAGUCCUGUUCAUUGGUUUUUCCCCAUUUUUACUCAGGUAGGUGGACUAAAAAUUGGGGAUCCAAAUAGAAUAACGGGCUUUUUGUGACUUGUGCUUUGAACCCUUUUGAAAAUCUGAAAUUAAACUGAAGUGGUUUUCAUUAUGUGACUUCAGAUUGUUGAACUUCCCAUUUUCUGACCAAAAUAGCCGAAAAAAAACUUGGAAAGGCUAACAAAAAAUUGAAUUAUUGUCAAUAAAUUAUUACAGAAGCAGUCACAAGUGUUGCAACAAAUUAGGUGGAUAAGGGAAACCUGAUAGCUGCAGAAUGCAACUUUCUUAUCCUCUCACAGUAGCAACAGGAUUAGAUGUUUACACUACAGUUUAGGGUUUUAUGAAUGUAGUUACAGGUUUUGUUUGUCAAAGUCUGAAUGCUAAAGUUCUGAUCAUUGUUUUAAGUAUUGGUUAUAUAUUUUUCCCCAACCUUUGAUCCAUUUUAUCAAGGCACUGUCAUAAAUCCACAGCUGGGAUUGCAUCCUGAAGAGUAUUCAAGUGUUUGGAACGGAGUUUUGCAGGUCUGCUUACUGUGACCUGGUUUUGAAGUACCUGGUCUGAUAAUGCUUUUGGCAACUAUCAGGUGCCACUUCUAAACUGUGACCCUGAGGCAGCACUGAAAUGGAUUUCUUCUUUCCCAGCUGUUGUUGACAUUUAAUCCUUUUAAUCAUCUGAUUAAAUGGAUGUGCAGACACAUUCAGAUAAAUUUAGUAGGGCAUGUAGGUGCAUGCCCGUGUUAUUUGUGCUCUGUAACUUCUUAUCUGAAUAUUCUUCAGCAAGCAUUUUAGAAACAGGUAUCUUCAGUCUGGUAAAAAGCCUGAUCUUUCAGUUUGAUGCCAAAUAAGAAUUUGCUCUGUGAUUCCUUGUUCAUGCAAUACAAUAAGCAGUCCCCUUAAUUUCAGUGGGAAGGCCAAGGUGUAGCACAGAAAAUCCAGAGUGCUGGGGAAAUAACACCUGGUUUUGUUUCCUUUAAUACCUGGAUUAAUUCAUGAGUUUUCAGUUUUUCUUAGUUUAUCUGUUCCUCCCUGAUCACUUCUACAGCUUUUCUUUUGUGGUGUCAGUACUGAGCUCUGUUCUUUCAGGGUUUUCUCCAUCUCUGUUACGCUUGGGCAUGGGAUGGGGAGCUUUUAGCAAUGUUAAAUGCCAGCUGCAGAAAGAAUAGUAGCAAUUUUAAAAACAAAACAGGUCCAUAGUUCUGAUUACUAUACAAUUCAGUUAGUUCCCAGAAGACCUCUUGCCACCUAUUCUACAGAGUAACCCCACAAAAGCAAGCUGUUGAGCCUAUAUUUGGGUUUAGGCAUUAAUCUCAGAGUAGAAUCCCAGGAGAGAUGGAAGGCGCUCUGUGCAACCAGGAGCUAAGUGGUAGGUUACUCAUCCUUUCACUGCCUGAGCUGAAAUGUGACAUCCUGGCUGGCAGUCACGUCCUUAUUGCCUUACUCAGAGGAUGAGUGGCAGUUUUACAUGCCUGUUGAAAUGACCACCAACCUCAAAUGAAUUCAGGUUUGUAAGCAAAGAUCACAGGACUGUCUUUCAAAUGUAACAUAGAGCUCAACUGGAAUUCUGCUCACUCUGUAAAAAAAUAAUUCAUAAAGGGGUUUCUGUACUGGGUUAACAAUGAUUUCUGUUGCUGUUCUCUGUAGACAGGAAAUUUGUGCCACAGACAAUGAAACCUCUUGUCUUCUGUGAGCUCUGCUAGAGUUUAAAAAAAAAGUACUGUGACUUGCCACCGUUUGGACCCUCAUUUCCUGCUUCUUCCACUUAAAUUCCCAUGAAAAAAGCAGGAUUCUGUUAAUAAGAGUUCUUGAUUUUGUAGUCAAUUAAGUCAUCCACCUUUAUACAAGAAAAGCUUUCCUUGAUGAUUCAUAUUUUGCUAUUUCUUGCUUCUAUUUCGUAUGCCAAACAGAUUGAAGGAAUUAAUUUUGAAUGAACUGCUGCUAGAUUCCAGAACUUAUGUAAGUCCCUUUUCUCAAGGAAUCCUCUUUAAGGACGUGGAGUGGAACCUCCAGCUGCACUCAACACCCACGUCAGCCCUGGGGGCAUGUUGUUCUCUGGUCCUUUUCUCUGGUAGGGUGACAAGACAAAGCAUAACGGAGUCAUCAUGCUUUCAAAUGCUGAAACACUCAAUGAUACUACAAGAUAUUCAGGAAGAGCAUAAAUGAUAUGCCUGUAUAACAAAAUGCUAGGUAGGAUAAUACUGCAGAGCUGUUCCGUGGGGUUUUUCAGUAUCCAUGUAUAUUUCCUGCAAUAGAUAAAACAAAUAUUUGAAUGCUAUAUUACCACUACUGGUAUCUUAAAUCAUUGCAGCAACAAUUGCUCUGCAGUACAGUGGCUGAAGAGCAGCUGAUGAGGUCCUGAAACAUAGCACUUAACCUUCCCUAAGAGUUAUCAAAAUACAUACCCAUCUAUUGCACUUCAGACUAGCACUUCACAUGUGCUUUGUAAUCUAGGGGUGGUUUUUUUGUUUCGUUGUCUCCCUGACAGGCAACAUAAUGUGCUAAUUGAGUUUGCAGGUUGCAUCCUGAUCUGUGUAGCCUUUGAACAGUAUGAGAGAAUUGGGCAUAUUCCUUUCCAACUCUUAGUAAUUAUACUGACAAGCUCAUUGCUGAGAGGGACGGUGUUCUGAUACACAGUCACUGGGACGUUCUUUUCCAGAUGUGAUUUUGGAAGUUCUUUAGAUGAUGGAAAGCAAUGGGAUGGCUCUCUGGGCCUGUGUCCUGUCAGGGUUUGACUUACGGUUAUUUCCUUUGUUCAUAGGAUGUUAACGAAGACCAUAUUAAGUGCUAGUUCAUUCUUUACAUAGACUUCCUAUGAGAGAGAAAGCUCAUAUUGUGUUACAAUGACAGAAAUAAAGCCCCCCUUGCUAUUUCAGGAGGCUGGCUCUGUAAUUCAGUACCUGCAACAGCACAAGUGCCAUGUAUUGAUGUUUUUAUCAUCUUUCCACAAAGGCUGUCAUUUGCUUUGUCUGUGAAAGAUGACUUUCCCAGUGUUGUUUAUUCCUAACACAUCUGUCAGAACAUGAAUGAUGAAGUAUGUCUUUCUGAAGAACCCAAAGUGGGAAAAGGUAGCUCAGAACAGACACUGUAAACCAGAGACAGGGCGCUUGCUUGCCUUAGGGAGCAGUGAAAGUCUUUGAUGCUAGCAAGCUUGCUUAUAGUUAGGAAGCUGUUUCCUGAAUCUAUGCCUCCUUUCAUUUCCCUGCAGGUGAUGCUUCUGUCAAAUCUGCAGGUCUAAUGGGAGUGAGUAAUAGUAAAUAGUCUAAUAGGUGAAUUUUUGGCAGAUUUAGAAGUACACUAACAGAUGUACUGUACAAGUGUCAAUUUUCUUGAGUGCUUGGUUCUUGAAGCAGCACUGCACUUUAAUCUUUCCAAGUAUUUCUUUUUCGCAAAGGCAAUAAAAAGUGAAAAAUGACAAGCAGAUCGUGGGCUUUGCAGUCCUCUGAGUGAAAAAAGGAACAUACCCAUUAUAUCUCCAUCUGCUUAAACUGGGAAGCAACUUAUCGAGUCCAUUCAGCAACCAGAGACAGCUGUAUCUACUGUUGGGGUUGUACAGUUGAAAUGAUAGGACAAGUCAAAUGGAAAUUACUGCUUAAAAUCGAUCAGCUAUCUAAUUUGGGAUCUCUAUUGCACUACCAUAUUAGUAAAGUUAAAAAGAAACUGAUGCACAGCACUAACUUUUCCCUAGGUACUCUAGUCGUAGCUGACUGUUGGUCUCAGGAUACCGAUAGCAUAAGGAAAGACAAUAAUAUGCAUAAACGGAAUAGCACAGAAUAACUGAACCAUGAAGAAUUUGUAACUUGUAAUGUUACAACCAAAAGCUUCAUUUACUACCUCCAGUCCCGCUGCCCAGGUCCUUCAGGUCAGCCGGGGAGCAACGAGGCUGCUUGAUGUGUUCGAAGGACUGGAACCUUUCACUUGCAUUUUGAGGUUCUGCCUUUUCUGCCCCAGGCUCUGUCACAAGGUUGAGGAUGUUGCUUGGUUGUGAGGUACCUGAUCAAGGUUAGUGAGGAAACUCCAGCUGGUCAUUAGAAAAACCAGGGGCUGGUUUAUUGUUUUCGAUUUCUCUACCCAGUGAAUAUUUUAGCACAUUGGUCAAAUGUGGAAUCUUAAAAGUUAGGAGCAAAUAAAGCCUCCAAUAAGCAAAGAAAUAAUUACUUAUUUUUUUUUGGUCCAUGGCAGAAUAGGGUUUUAUUCUGUCUAAAGAGUAUUUAUUCAUCCCUGGAAAGCAGCAACUGACAUUUUAGUCAGAAGAUGACAGACACAAAUGGGGCAGAAACUUGGGCUUGUGAUGGUUGUUCUUGUUUUAAGCAAGUGAGCAAUCCUCUUAGAUAAAAGAGAUGCUUAAGAAUGUUUCUGUAAGGAAAAUGGUAUCAGGUCAAUGCUUUGAUUCUGGUGAGCAUUUUACUGUAUUACUGAACAAAGUCAAUAAUUCUGUUCAAAUCCUGUAUUACAUUUUACACACACUACCUCUGAAACAUGACCCCACCUUUAAAACCACAGAAAAAAUGUGAACUUAAAGCAUUUUUUUAACAUUUUAUAGGCAAUAAAUUAUUUCCAAACACACA